CCUGGUGAAAGCGGCGCACGAGCCCUGCACAACCCGAGCGCUCGCGCGAAAGCGGACACUCUACAAGUUAAAGUAUCGGCGCGCGCGAGAGAGAGAGAGAGAGAGAGAGCGCGAGCGGCGCGUGGAUGGCGUUACAGACCCGGCGGCUGUUCCGGACUCACGAGGGAACCGAACCGGACCGAAAGUGCGCGCGUGCACGCGACUCGCUGGAAGUUGGCAGUCAGUGCGCGUGCAGAGAGCUGUAAAGGACUCGGCGUGUGAGCGAGGACUCGCAGAUGCCAUGCGUCAGCUGAAGGGCAAGCCGAAGAAAGAGUCGUGGAAGGAUAAGAAGGAGCGGAAGCAGGCGAUGCAGGAGGCGCGCGAGCAGGUGGCCACCGUCGUCCUGCCCACACUCGCCAUCCUCAUCCUGCUCAUCGUCCUCUUCGUCUACGUCGCCACCCGGCCGGGAGCCGUCCAGUAGCCGUCCCCCGUCUCGCUCCUGCUCUUUCGAUACCUAGCUAUUUAUAUUUGGCGAUUCUAGUCCCGCUUUUAACGCGCCCUCAUCCACUUUCUCUCCUUUCUCUCAGCAUUAACUCACUAGUUAUAACGAGUUGCUAGUUACCAUGCUGAAAUAACUAAUGCGGUUAAUAUGGUACAUCAAUCCCAUGGUGUCAUUAUGUCGGUUCCCAAGGCGUACAACGGAACAUUUGGGCUUAAGUGUCCGACUUCCUGUCCAGGUGUACUAAUGUGAGCUAAUUAGCAAGGCAGUACUGCUGGUCAGUCGGACAGUGCAGCACAUUAUGGCUUUGACUUUCAGGGCUUUUGAGAUGGAGUUUUGGACCAAUACUCCGUAUGAAGCCUGAUGUCAACUCGCAUACUUAUUGGCUAGCAUACAAGUUAAUUAACAAUCCAGUACUCGCCGGCCACUUUACUAAGAACAUAAUAACAUAAAAUCACGCAGAUACAAAUCAAGAGCUUCAGUUAAUGUUCAAACAUCAGAAUGGGAAAAAUUGUGAUCUCGCAGUGACGUGUGACUUUCUUUCACUGCGGCGUGGGUGUUUGUUUGAGCCAGAUGGACUGGUUUGCGUAUUUCCGAAACUGCUGAUCUCCUGGGAUUUCCCCACACAACAGUUUCUGGAGUUUAUACAGACAGGAUGGUGUGAAAAACAAAAAACACAUUGACUGACCGUUCUGUGGGUGGAAACAAACACCUUGUUGAUAAGAGAGAUUGAACAGUUCAAGCUGCCAGGAAGGAACUCCUAUAAUCACUCUUUACAACCGUGGUGAGCAGAAAAGCAACAGCAGAACAACACAUUGGGUUCCACGCCUGCAGCCAAGAACAUGUUCCUAUUAAAGUGGCCGGUGAGUGUGGUUUGAGUGAAACGGAGUGUGCAAACUGAGGGUAAAGUCGACAAGGGUGCAUUAAAACCAGGAUUGGAACGCACCGUUAAUAUUUAAUCACGUUUAAUUCUCCAAGGAAAUACCGUUCAGCUACAUUGCUCUUCCCGCCGAGGUUGAGUAUAUUCCUCCCGUAGUGCUGCAAGGGCAUAUUGAAGAUGAUAUUGGAACAUGACCCCUGCUUAACUUCCUCCCUCGAACCCCUAGAUGUCCAUUUCUGCUAAGUCGAAUUAAGCUGAACUGUUUCCUCUAGCAGUCAUGCGACGAGGUGAAACAGGAGGCCAUUUUGGCUCGGUCAGAGCCUGAACCUAAUGCCUGUGGCGGCCAUGUUGGCUCCGUACUGCGUUUACAGGGUUUCAGUUUCAUGCCAAAGCAACCGAGAUUCAGGAAUUGAAUCAGGACUCGUAAGAAAGGUUCCAGACUUCAGGACUGAACCGAAGUGUGUGUACACACACACACACACACACACACACACACACACACAGAGUAUUAAUAAUACACCAAUAUAUUUGUACUCGGUUCAAGGAGAUGCCAAAACACACAAGUUCUUUCUGUGAAAUACCAUCAAUAUCAUUUACAUUAACAUAUGGAUGAUUUUUUUUUUUUUUCAUUUAAAUGCCAAGCUACAACCUAUAUCAUUUCCCUAAUUUAACACACUCCUAAUUUAUACCUGUGUCCCAAGCGCUAGUUCCUCCACUACAUGUAGUGUUUUCUAACAAAACGUCAGCUUUAUUAUUAUCUGUAACAAAAUAUUAACUCGUAUAAAAACAAAGGUAGCUUUAUGGUCAUUAACGUUAGCUUUUUCUCUGUAACGUAGUUAGCUUUUAUCUCCUAUAAAGUUAGUGUUAUUCUCUGCAAAAUAAACGUAGCUUUAUUCUAUGUAGCAUAAAGUCGUCUUUACAAUCUUUAACGUAAAGCUCGAGGUCGUGCGUUGAGCUUCCUUGUGUCGUCUGUCAGUAUUUACCUCAGGGUGCUGGUUCACGGCGCACGCUAAUCUCGUACGCUAAUUCACUGAAAGUUCCUCCGAGACCUACAUGGGGACAUUUCUGAUCAACAGAAGUCAGUGACUGACACACACAAGCUUUGGGCUUAUGUUUUAUUUAGAUCUGUUUUUUCUAGUUUAAGAGGGGGAAAAAAAACCCCCGGCUCGUGUCUCGUGCAAAGCGAUCGGAAAUGAUGUCGCUCUAAAGACAACGUGAUUUUUGGGAGCGUAUUUACCCCCUGCGGGUCUCCGAGGGUUAACGGGGCAAUAUUUUUAGAAGACUGUUUCAAAUCGCAUGUUAUUUCUUUGAAUAAAUCCAUACGCCAGCGUUUGGGACACAGCCUGUGUGCGUGGAGUGUGUUAUGUUAGCAUUGGAGCAGAUUUCUGGGUACUUUCUGUUGCAGUGUGUCUCUCCAUAUCCCAAAAAUGUUAUUCUAAUGUAAAGACAACUUUUUUACAUGAUGCAAUGUUGAAUUAAUUUGAAAGUCAUUAAUAUUCGACGUGCCCAUGAAGACAGUGUCGUGUAGAAGUGAAGUCUGGAUGAAAUGUGCUCAUGAUGAGGAUGGUUUUAUGAUAUUUGUUGCACUAGAAAAGACCAGCAGGCCAAAGUGUUUCAGAAACAUGCUAAUGCUAACUCUCCCAGCACUCACACGAUUUACAUCUCAACGACCUUCACGUGCUGUUUGUUCGCUAAUUGGAAAAAACAUCAGCAUAAACAAGCAACGUUUCUUUUUUCAGCAGUGUUCCUUGAGCAGUGGUGUUUUAAAAAAAAAAAUUGCCAGAAGUCGCUACUGGCUCUCUGAAAUGUCGCUAAAAGCGUGCCAUUCACAAAUUGGUGAAAGGUGAUCUUUGCUGUUACUCAACCAAGAGAGAGGAAAAAAAAAGGAAAGUAACGAGAAGCUGCCAAAUUUGUCACUCGAUCCAAUUUUUAGCUGCAAGUGAAGAUCAAAAAUUCAAUCAAGAGACAAAGUGGCUAAACUGGAACAUCGUUGUGCUUUUCAACCAAAAGGGAGCAGGUUCUUGAAGCGGUUCCGUUCCAGAUUCUUUGAACCUUGGUACCAGCCAGUGAACCCGCCCACAUUUCCACCAGCUUUGAGUGGAACCAUCGCUGGUUGUUAAUGAGAAGACUCCAUAUGAACGCUCCCUCUUGUGGUAUUCAUGAGUUUGUAUGUGGAAACCACCUCAAAGCUCGAAGUUCACGAGAUGUGACGUGCUUGCUGACGUUUCGAGAAACGGCGGAGACCACGGAAGUACGUUUUUCAGUGUAUGAUGAGGUUUUUAUUUAUUUUUCUCAUUUUAGUCUUGUUUUCUCGGUAAUUUUAUAAUAUUUUCAAGGAAAAUGAUAUUCCCAACAGCCUCAUGUUUUCAUUGUACCUUUUUGUAUUUCCUACGUUACGCUCAAUUGUUAAUGUUGCGCUGAACGAGUAGUCCUUCGGCGUCCACAUGCUGCCGUUUCCGAAUAACGGGGUUCUCAUGACGACGCCACUCGAAGGCCGAGCGUUUCGUGUACGUGACGUCCCAUGUUGUCCUCACAAUGCAGCAUGUAAUCGAGGAUGCGUCAUCCAUCCAGUGUUGGACAAUGGAAGUACACAGUAGUAGCAGGAUGACGGAUCACAUCGAUGACCUCCAAGCUUUUGUUCUGCUGUUGCAGAUAUUUGUUAACCAAACUGACACGCCCAGUGAUGAUUCCAUCCAAGAACCAACUUUUCAGGUUCUGACCUGAUUUACUUUUGAUUGAAAUGUUUGAAACGGGUCACAAUCUGAUGCGUAGAACAGAACAGAACCGGCUCCCUGUUGGUGGAAAAAAAGGGUAUAAGGUAGGAGUGGUGUGGGUUUUUUUUUUUUUUUUUAUAUAUAAAAGUGUUGAGAAACAGCACCCCCUGUUGGAGAGUAAUAUCUAUACACUCGAGACUCUUAAAGUGCCAUUCCACCAUUGGAUGUAUUCUUUGGCAUAAAAUACAAUAUAUUUUAUGACAACAUGACUAG